GUGCGGACGUGUUUGACAGUUAUUCAGAAAUGGGGUACUGAAGCCGCUUCUGGCAGAAAGUCACCGCCACUAAUUCACAUUUAAUUAGUUGGUUGCGUCGUAUUUCUUCGCAGGAAUUUCCACAUCUUCAUACAACAAAUGAAUGAAGGAGCAGAAAGCGGCUGUUUAAUAUGCGUGUUUUUAGGCUAACCAAAGAGCAGUAAAAAGAGGUUCGAAGCAGUUAAUGAUAAAGUCAUCCAAUGGGGCUGAAGUCUGCUGAGUGAGUAAUCUUAGAAAUAGACGAUCUUCGGUGCUAGCUCAAAGGCUACGGCUAACGAUCCACCGGUGGACCCGGGCUGCUCCGCUCCUCUCCCCGGUAUGAUGCCCGCGGACGGUAACAUGACUUCCAUCGUUCAGAGAAUAGCCCGGCAGGCUCUCGUCACCUUCAGGAGUCCGCCCCGGGUCGGUGAAGAGCCCGGCAGGUCUUUCCUGGAGAACCACAGCAAGCUGAAGAGCCUGAUGACGGAAGUGCGAGCGGCGGACCUGAAGCUGGUGCCGCGGAGAGCCGACGACAGCCCGGCCGGCGUGUCGCCUCCUCAUCCGUACCACCACGGAGCCCCGCCGGUCACCUACAUGCACAUCUGCGAGACAGACCACUUCAGCAUGGGGGUAUUCCUGCUGAAAAGCGGCGCCUCCAUCCCGCUGCACGACCACCCGGGGAUGCACGGCGUGCUCAAAGUCAUGUACGGCAAGGUCAGGAUCAGCUGCUUCGACCGGCUGGAGCGGCCGACCGGCGGCACGCAGCCGGCGCCCUCGCUGCCCCCGGCGGCCCAGGUGGGUGCUCUGCGGCGCUCCGUGCUCCGGUCCACCGGGGAAUACACGGAGGAGAGCGGCCCGUGUGUCCUCUCCCCCGACCGGGACAACCUGCACCAGAUCGACGCCGUGGACGGGCCGACGGCGUUCAUGGAUAUCCUGGCCCCGCCGUACGACCCGGACCACGGCAGAGACUGUCACUACUACCGGCUGCUGCCCGGAGCGGAGCUCACAGACACGGAGCAGAAGGAGGUCUGGCUCAUGAAGAUCUCCCAGCCUCCGGACUUCUGGUGCGGAGGGGAGCCGUACCCGGGCCCGGAGGUCUGCCUCUGAUCACCUGACUCACCUGCAGCCGCAAAGUGUCUUCUUUCCUGGGGCUGGCGUGGUGCAUGCUGGGGCUCUACUGGAGGGUCUCUAAAUCAACAACACAUCUAUCAGUGAUAGAAGAAUGUAAAGAUGUAGUUAACUGGUCUACUGUGGGCUUAUUUAGACAGAGUUUCACAGCAGAAACGGUGCAGCACAAAAUGAGCUGGUUUGUUAACAGAGUGUUUAAAAGGUGAAAUCUAAGAAGCCAAGUGUCCAUUUCACUUUGACAAAAACUGGAGCCUCGGGCAAUGCUUCCUGCUACUGCUGUGAAGGAUAAUGUGAUCAGGAAGCAGAUAUUUGCAGCUCAUUAUCCUGCUGUAAAUGCACUAAUUUAGUUCUCUUUGUUGUGUGAAUACCAAGUAAGAGAUGUCAGACAUUAGCUCUGUUUUUAAAAAGGGAACAGACAUGAUGCAUUUAUUCCAAAAUUCAACUUUCUGGGGAAACAUUUCAGUCUCUGAGGCUCCAAACCUCAGGACAAAUGAGCAGAAUCUGAUGUUUACAUCACUCUGUGUGUCAGAGAUUCAAAUCUGCAGUGUCACUGUUUGCAUUUCUGGACUAAUGUGAUGUAAAAACCAGAAAAGCACCAGAAUUAGAGGCUAAAACUAGACCCAGAACGUUGCUUUUUCUUGUGCAAGUUACCAAGAUGAUGAUGAUGAUGUGCAGGUUGCUAAUGCUGCGUUCAAGAACAGUUGGGAAGUUUGUUAUCACUGCCUGCAUCUUAGUCAAAGUCUUUAAGGUUUUUAUAAAGUUUUAAAUAGAAAUGCACACACAGCUGCCUCUGGAUACACUACAUUUCAGCUUUGCAAGUCUAAACUCAAACACUUACUGCUGGUAAAUGGCUCGUUCUGUUCAUUAUUGUCAUAUUUAUUCCACAUAUUCAACUCAAAAUGCAUCUAAACCUGCAGGUGAUCAGGAUUCUAGAAACUGUCUUUUUAUACUGAGAACAUUUGCAUCCUCAGGACUGUGUUUGUGAGAUUUUUGAGAUCGGCCAAAAACUGUCUCUGUAAUCACAAAAUUCAGAUUGUAAGUAGUUUAAUGUUGUAGUUAAUCAGAACAUAGUUUCUAGAUUAAGAAAUCUGAGCUCCGAAGUUCACAAACUGCUUAGAAAACAUAUCUCUGCUGCAGACAUUUUCACGUUUUGUUCAAAUAUUCACAUGGGUGUUGCUGAAAAAUUAUGCUUCUUCUAAAAUUAGCAUGAAUUAAGGUCUAAAAUUCACAAGGAUGGGGGUGUCUGAGAUGAGUUUCCUUUAAAAGUGCACACGUUACAUCAGCUGCAGUGCUGUUUUACUGUGGAGAUGUGGCGUUUACAGGUCUUCAGUUAAGCUUUUUCACUCAGAUUCAGGCUGAAUAAUCCAGUCCGUGUUAAAUGAACAGUAGCUGUGUCGAUGUAUUUUGCCUGUAAUGAAGGUUUUCUGUCUCUUCAUAUAAAAUGUGCUGUUUA